GAGCCCCCGCGCGCCGGGGAGUGGCGCAUGCGCGGGCGUCUUGCGAGCCCGCUGAGGCGAGCCGAGCCGCGGCGGGGCCGGGAGCCGAGCGGCGGAGCUGUGAGAAACCGAGCGGCGGCGCGGGACGGACAAGUGGCGAGCUUUUUUUCUUCUGCCUGCGGCGCCUGGAGCUGCUGGGCCGCCCGCGAAAGCGUCGCGGUCCGGUCGUGGAGGCGGGGGCGGUGGCAUCCUGGACGGCCUGUGAGAGAUGCGCCGCCCACUGCCCCGCGCCGCCUGACCGCCCCCGCCUCGUCUCGCGGUGCGCCACAGCCGGGCCCGCCGCCGUCCCCGCCGCGCUGUCGCCCGGCCGCCGCGCCCGCGGGGCCGCGCCCGGCCCGGCCAUGUGGACCCCCACCGAGGAGGAGAAAUACGGCGUAGUGAUAUGCAGCUUUCGAGGAUCUGUCCCUCAAGGAUUGGUCUUAGAAAUAGGAGAGACGGUUCAGAUUCUUGAAAAAUGUGAAGGUUGGUACAGAGGAGUUUCAACGAAGAAACCCAAUGUAAAGGGAAUUUUUCCUGCAAAUUACAUUCACUUGAAAAAAGCAAUUGUCAGUAAUAGAGGGCAGUAUGAAACCGUGGUUCCACUUGAAGAUUCUAUUGUGACUGAAGUCACAGCAACUCUGCAAGAAUGGGCCAGUCUGUGGAAACAAUUGUAUGUGAAACACAAAGUAGAUCUUUUCUACAAACUUCGCCAUGUGAUGAAUGAACUUAUUGAUCUGCGAAGGCAGCUCCUAUCUGGUCACCUGACUCAGGAUCAGGUGCGGGAAGUUAAACGACACAUCACUGUACGUCUGGACUGGGGUAAUGAACAUUUGGGUCUGGACCUGGUGCCCCGGAAGGAUUUUGAAGUAGUGGAUUCAGAUCAAAUUAGCGUCUCAGAUCUCUAUAAGAUGCAUUUGUCUAGCCGGCAGAGUGUACAACAGAGCACAUCCCAGGUAGAUACAAUGCGCCCACGUCAUGGAGAGACCUGUCGGAUGCCGGUGCCACACCACUUCUUCUUUAACCUGAAGAGUUUCACCUACAAUACCAUUGGAGAAGAUACUGAUGUCUUCUUCUCAUUGUAUGACAUGAGAGAAGGCAAGCAGAUCAGUGAGCGGUUUCUGGUGAGACUCAACAAGAAUGGCGGGCCAAGGAACCCGGAGAAGAUAGAACGAAUGUGUGCCCUUUUUACAGAUCUGAGCAGCAAAGAUCUGAAGAGAGAUUUAUAUAUAGUUGCCCAUGUGAUCCGAAUAGGCCGGAUGCUCCUGAAUGAUUCAAAGAAGGGCCCUGCUCACCUGCACUACAGGCGACCAUAUGGCUGUGCGGUCUUAAGCAUCUUGGAUGUCCUACAAUCACUCACAGAACUAAAGGAAGAAAAGGACUUUGUUCUUAAGGUUUACACGUGCAACAAUGAAAGUGAAUGGUCCCAGAUCCAUGAGAAUAUCAUCCGAAAGUCCAGUGCCAAGUACUCUGCACCCAGUGCCAGCCACGGUCUGAUUGUUUCUCUGCAGCUUCUUCGUGGAGACAUGGAACAGAUCCGGAGAGAAAAUCCCAUGAUUUUUAAUAGGGGAUUGGCAAUUACAAGAAAAUUGGGAUUUCCUGAUGUCAUCAUGCCAGGUGAUAUCCGCAAUGACUUAUACCUGACCCUGGAGAAGGGAGAUUUUGAGAGAGGAGGAAAAAGUGUACAAAAGAAUAUUGAAGUGACAAUGUAUGUACUUUAUGCAGAUGGAGAAAUCUUGAAGGAUUGUAUCAGCUUGGGUUCAGGAGAGCCAAAUAGGAGUUCCUACCACUCUUUUGUCCUUUAUCACAGCAAUAGUCCUCGUUGGGGAGAAAUUAUCAAAUUGCCCAUUCCUAUUGACCGAUUCCGAGGCUCCCACCUGCGCUUCGAGUUCAGACAUUGCUCCACAAAGGACAAAGGGGAAAAGAAGCUCUUUGGUUUUGCAUUUUCACCCCUCAUGCGUGAUGAUGGUACUACCCUCUCAGAUGAUAUUCAUGAGCUUUAUGUUUACAAGUGUGAUGAGAAUAGCACAUUUAACAAUCAUGCUCUAUACCUGGGCCUGCCCUGCUGCAAAGAAGACUAUAAUGGCUGCCCUAAUAUCCCUUCAAGCCUCAUCUUUCAGCGCAGCACCAAAGAGUCUUUUUUCAUUUCCACGCAACUCUCCUCUACCAAACUCACCCAGAAUGUUGAUCUCCUUGCUCUGCUGAAAUGGAAGGCCUUCCCAGACCGGAUCAUGGAUGUCUUAGGGCGCCUGCGACAUGUCAGUGGAGAGGAAAUUGUUAAGUUUUUACAGGACAUCCUGGAUACACUCUUUGUGAUUUUGGAUGAUAAUACAGAGAAAUAUGGCCUGUUAGUUUUUCAGUCUUUGGUGUUCAUCAUCAACCUGCUCCGAGACAUCAAAUAUUUCCAUUUCCGACCCGUGAUGGACACAUAUAUCCAGAAGCACUUUGCUGGAGCUUUAGCAUACAAGGAGCUCAUUCGCUGUUUGAAAUGGUAUAUGGACUGCUCAGCAGAACUGAUUCGGCAGGAUCACAUUCAGGAAGCGAUGCGGGCCUUGGAGUAUCUUUUCAAAUUCAUCGUGCAGUCACGGAUCUUAUACUCACGAGCCACCUGUGGAAUGGAAGAAGAGCAAUUCCGGUCCAGCAUCCAAGAACUUUUCCAGUCCAUCCGGUUUGUGCUCAGUCUGGACAGCAGAAACUCAGAAACACUCCUUUUCACUCAGGCUGCACUCCUCAAUUCUUUUCCAACCAUCUUUGAUGAACUGCUGCAAAUGUUCACUGUGCAAGAGGUGGCGGAGUUUGUGAGAGGAACCCUGGGGAGCAUGCCCAGCACUGUGCACAUUGGGCAGUCGAUGGAUGUUGUGAAGCUACAAUCUAUUGCCAGGACAGUAGACAGCCGCCUCUUUUCUUUCUCAGAAUCCCGCCGCAUCCUGCUUCCUGUGGUUCUCCAUCACAUUCACCUUCACCUGAGGCAGCAGAAAGAGCUGCUUAUCUGCUCAGGAAUUCUUGGCAGCAUCUUCUCCAUUGUCAAGACCAGCUCUCUGGAGGCAGAUGUCAUGGAAGAGAUAGAGAUGAUGGUGGAGAGCCUCCUAGACGUGCUCUUGCAGACUCUGCUCACCAUCAUGAGCAAAUCGCACGCUCAGGAGGCGGUAAGAGGGCAGCGGUGCCCGCAGUGCACAGCCGAGAUCACUGGUGAGUAUGUGUCCUGCCUUCUUUCACUACUCCGCCAGAUGUGUGACACCCAUUACCAGCACCUCCUGGACAAUUUCCAGAGCAAAGAUGAACUCAAGGAAUUCUUGCUGAAGAUUUUCUGUGUGUUCCGGAACCUAAUGAAGAUGAGUGUGUUCCCUCGGGACUGGAUGGUGAUGAGACUGCUCACAAGCAAUAUUAUAGUUACUACUGUCCAGUACCUGUCCUCUGCACUGCACAAGAAUUUCACAGAGACAGACUUUGACUUCAAGGUGUGGAAUUCUUAUUUUAGCCUGGCAGUUCUGUUCAUAAAUCAGCCAAGCCUUCAGCUAGAAAUCAUUACUUCAGCCAAGAGGAAGAAGAUUCUAGAUAAGUAUGGGGACAUGCGUGUGAUGAUGGCUUAUGAACUGUUCAGCAUGUGGCAGAAUUUGGGUGAACAUAAAAUACACUUUAUUCCGGGAAUGAUUGGUCCUUUCCUGGGUGUGACACUGGUUCCCCAGCCAGAAGUACGGAACAUCAUGAUCCCCAUUUUUCAUGACAUGAUGGACUGGGAGCAGAGGAAAAAUGGCAACUUCAAGCAGGUGGAAGCUGAGCUGAUUGACAAGCUGGACAGCAUGGUGUCAGAAGGGAAAGGUGACGAGAGCUACAGGGAACUCUUUGGCCUGCUAACCCAGCUGUUUGGGCCCUACCCCAGUCUGUUGGAGAAGGUUGAACAGGAAACGUGGCGUGAGACUGGCAUUUCCUUUGUGACUUCAGUCACCCGCCUCAUGGAACGCCUUCUUGACUACAGGGACUGCAUGAAAGGAGAAGAAACGGAGAAUAAGAAGAUUGGCUGCACUGUUAACCUAAUGAACUUCUACAAAUCUGAGAUUAACAAAGAAGAGAUGUAUAUUCGCUAUAUCCAUAAGCUUUGUGACAUGCACUUGCAGGCCGAAAACUACACUGAGGCUGCAUUCACUUUGCUCCUCUACUGUGAGCUGCUGCAGUGGGAGGACCGGCCGCUGCGAGAAUUCCUCCACUACCCAUCUCAGACAGAGUGGCAGCGGAAAGAGGGAUUGUGCCGGAAGAUCAUCCACUAUUUCAACAAAGGCAAGAGCUGGGAGUUUGGGAUACCACUGUGCAGGGAGCUGGCAUGUCAGUACGAGAGCCUCUAUGACUAUCAGAGCCUCAGCUGGAUUCGGAAAAUGGAGGCCAGCUACUAUGACAACAUUAUGGAGCAACAGCGUCUGGAGCCCGAGUUCUUCCGUGUUGGCUUCUAUGGCAGGAAGUUUCCUUUCUUCCUUCGGAACAAAGAAUAUGUGUGCCGUGGCCAUGACUACGAGAGGCUGGAGGCCUUCCAACAGCGGAUGCUCAGCGAAUUUCCCCAGGCUGUCGCCAUGCAGCACCCCAAUCAUCCUGAUGACGCCAUCCUGCAGUGUGAUGCACAGUACUUGCAGAUCUAUGCAGUGACGCCUAUUCCAGAUUAUGUGGAUGUUCUGCAGAUGGAUAGGGUCCCAGACCGUGUCAAGAGCUUCUACCGUGUCAACAAUGUGAGGAAGUUCCGGUACGACAGGCCUUUUCACAAAGGCCCCAAGGACAAGGAGAAUGAAUUCAAGAGCCUGUGGAUCGAACGUACCACACUGACCCUGACCCACAGCUUGCCUGGCAUCUCUCGAUGGUUUGAAGUGGAAAGGCGGGAACUGGUGGAGGUGAGCCCUCUGGAGAAUGCCAUCCAAGUGGUUGAGAAUAAGAAUCAGGAGCUGCGGGCCCUGAUCAGCCAGUAUCAGCACAAGCAAGUACAUGGCAACAUCAACCUGCUCAGCAUGUGCCUGAAUGGCGUCAUAGAUGCAGCUGUCAAUGGAGGCAUUGCACGCUAUCAGGAGGCCUUCUUUGAUAAAGAUUACAUCAUCAAGCACCCAGCAGAUGCUGAGAAAAUCACCCAGCUCAAGGAGCUCAUGCAGGAGCAGGUCCAUGUCCUUGGAGUUGGACUAGCAGUUCAUGAGAAGUUCGUGCACCCAGAAAUGCGGCCUUUGCAUAAGAAGCUGAUUGAUCAGUUCCAGAUGAUGCGGGCCAGCCUCUACCAUGAAUUUCCAGGCUUGGAUAAGCUAAGCCCUGCAUGUUCAGGCACCAGCACUCCACGGGGAAAUGUUCUGGCAUCCCAUAGCCCCAUGAGCCCCGAGAACAUCAAGAUGACCCACCGGCACAGCCCCAUGAACUUGAUGGGCACAGGCCGCCAUUCAUCAUCCUCUCUCUCCUCACAUGCGUCUAGUGAAGCAGGAAAUGUGGCGAUGAUGGGCGACAACUCCAUGGGCGAGGCACCUGAGGACCUGUACCACCACAUGCAGCUCGCGUAUCCCAACCCCAGGUACCAGGGCUCAAUCACCAACGUCUCUGUUCUGUCCUCGUCCCAGGCAAGCCCUUCUUCCUCCAGCUUGAGUUCCACUCACUCAGCACCGUCCCAGAUGAUUACCUCUGCCCCUUCCAGUGCCCGAGGCUCUCCCUCUCUGCCAGAUAAGUACCGCCACGCCCGGGAAAUGAUGUUGCUGUUGCCCACACACCGGGACCGCCCCAGCAGUGCCAUGUACCCAGCAGCUAUCCUGGAGAAUGGACAGCCACCAAAUUUCCAGCGGGCUCUGUUCCAGCAAGUGGUUGGAGCCUGCAAACCCUGCAGUGAUCCUAAUCUGUCUGUGGCCGAAAAAGGUCAUUACUCCCUCCACUUUGAUGCCUUCCACCACCCCCUGGGGGAUGCUCCUCCAGCCCUGCCUGCCCGGACCCUGCGCAAGUCCCCCCUCCAUCCUAUCCCAGCCUCCCCAACAAGCCCCCAGUCGGGCCUGGAUGGCAGCAACUCUACGCUCUCUGGCAGUGCCAGCAGUGGCGUAUCCUCCCUAAGUGAGAGUAACUUUGGGCACUCCUCGGAAGCCCCACCUCGCACUGACACCAUGGACUCCAUGCCGAGCCAGGCCUGGAAUGGUGAUGAAGAUCUCGAGCCACCCUACCUCCCAGUCCACUACAGCCUCUCCGAGUCUGCUGUCCUGGAUUCUAUCAAGACCCAGCCAUGCCGAAGCCACUCAGCCCCAGGGUGUGUCAUCCCACAGGACCCCAUGGACCCACCUGCGCUGCCGCCCAAACCCUACCACCCCCGCCUGCCAGCCCUGGAGCAUGACGAUGGCGUGCUACUGCGUGAAGAGGCUGAGAGACCUCGGGGCCUGCACCGCAAGGCCUCACUGCCUCCUGGGAGCACCAAGGAGGAACAGGCCCGCAUGGCCUGGGAACAUGGCCGAGGGGAACAAUAAGAGACAGGGAGGCGGCUGGGACACCGUCUUCAGUAAGCAGCUUGCCUGACCACUCCAGGUCUGAAAAGCAAGUCCCCCAUCCCCGCCCCCCAGGGAGCCAGAGCGGCUUGGCACUCAGGAGAGAACCACCCCAAGUCUCCGUUCUACUGCCGUGAACUCCUGUUUUGCCAUGUGCAGAGGCCGCAGCAGCAUGAAGGCUUGUGGCUUCUCUUUUUAUUUCAUUUUUUACGUUCCCAUUUCUAUGGUUUUCCUUUCCUUUAUGCAGUAGAUGCUUUCUUUCUCCUGCAGUUCCAGGUCAUGUGGAACUGUGUGGAGAUAUUGCACAGACAGAAUCGCUUUGCAGCACUGCAGGGCCCAGGAAUUCAGGCCCUUCCUCCAGGGUAGAGAUGCACAGAGAAUGGAAAUUGCACUAGGAGCCUCUUCCUUUGUUAUGUGGACAGAAGAGUUCAUGGUUGUAUUCAGGGAUUGCAGGGACCACAUGGACUACAUGCCAUGGGUGGAUAAAGGGGCCACAAGCUGUUUUGCACAAAUGCCUGCCUACCUGCGCACUCUUCCAUCUAGGAGUGUGCAGCUAAGGAGCUGGUUGGGCCAACCUGUUGGCCCAGGAAUGUGACUGGUCUAGCUGCGUACCCAGGGCACACUGCCAGGCUUCCACAGGCCAGCCCUGUCUGCCACUCCACCUUGGAAUUUUCUCUCCAUCACUUUUAUUUCUAUUUGCUUCCUUCCACUCUUGAUAACACCUCUUGCCCUGCAGAAGACCCUGUGGGAAAUGGAUCUGCUAGGGUGAUCUCCCACUCUGGGGCUUGAGUGGAAGAGUAGAGCCAGAGGGGCUUAGCCUAACCACCUCCCUCUGGGAAGCUGAGCUGCUUCCAUUGUGUUAGCUGGUCUAAGAGUGAGGAUGGGCGUGGCAGGGGCUGGAAAUCCUCGUAGCGGCCUGAAUGCCUGCCCUCAGCUCUGAAUCAGGGAUUUUCAGCACUACCUCCGAGCCGUGGGGUUGGCUGCCCAGCCAGGCUUCCAGGCCCUGAGGACACAUGAGCAGGUUCAGCCAGACAGUGCAGGAGCUUCUCCUUUUGGAAGCAGAGAGCCAUGCAGGUAGAGCUGUCAUCUCCCAAGUGGCCAAGUACAGCACUCCACUCCAGGCCCAUGGGGACUGCCACUCAGGGUUUGGGGCGGCAGGAGGACAGCUUCUCCAGCUUCCUCAGUGUGUGGGGCAGAGCGCAGCAGUGUUUUCACAGGAAAUGCUUUAUAGGGUGGGGUGGGUUAUUAAUGGUAUUUUACCAGGGUGCUUCUAAGUUACUUUAAAAAAAAAACAAAAACAAAAAAAACUUGUCUUUGGACAUUUUUUUCUUUCAUUUGCCUGAGUUCACAUUAGUGAUGGUUACAACUUUGAUGGUCACCAGGCUGCCUUUUUGUCAAACAGGUGUGUUGUCCCCUCUCCCCGCAGUUCCACUUCUGCUGGCCUGUCUGACCUCGGUGGCCAGACCCUGGACCCUAACCUUCAACCCUUCUC